CAGCACGAAUUAUUCGCGAACGCAGAAAGAACAUGAAGACUACUUUCCUUUCGUUUGCUAUCAUCACCAUCAUUACUCUCGUAACUACUGGACAAGAAUCUUGUCAUAACGUCUGUCCAACAUUGUCUCGUCUUCUCACCAUUCGUCCAGGAAAAACUAUCUACGUUUACGGUCACGUACCUCGCGACUCCUGCAACUUUGAUAUCAAUCUCUACAAAAGUCCAGCAGGAGACAACAGCGAUGUCGCUCUCCACAUUGGCGUUCAAUUUGAUGCACAGGCCGUUAUUUUAAACUCUAGGGAAAACGGAUGUUGGCGAAGGGUGAUAACAGCAGACACGUUUCCGUUUGAGAGUGGGAAUAAAUUUCUGCUCACCAUCACAACGACAACUAGAACUUACGACAUCAAAGUGAACGGAACGCUUUUACAUUCUUUUGUCCACCGGUUGCCGCUACAAUGUGUGAAACGCUUUGGUAUCAAUCACGCUUUAUGCAUUGGAAACCUAACUGCGGCUGUGGAUGUUUCGUGGACUUCCGACUCACUAGAUGGUGUAAUAAUUAUAAUAGCGAGCGUGGUUGCACCUGAUCCUAGAAAGAACUUAGUUGCACAACAAGGAAUAAAGAUCGUCACUGGUCCAAACAUCAAAAAAAAAGCUCAAUUCAUACUGACAAGAGUCUCGAACUACGACUAUUAUGUAUACAGUCUAAGAAACGUCAAGUACGACGACAAGUUUUUGACAAUUAAAGACGAUCAUCUGUCUGUUGAUCUUGAUAGUCCGGAUGAUAAGUUUAGAGUCGUUGAAACAUUUCAUAGCUACUACACGUUUCAAUCUGUAAGUGAUCCAGAAAACUACAUCGGCGUCGGCUACGAAGGAGAGAUCCUACAACCAAGCAAAGUAAAACGCUACCACUGUACGUCAAAUUUUUACGACAAUCGGGCUGUUCGACCUGUUCACGAUUGCUCGCGUAAAUAACCGGAUACGUGCCAAACCUAGCGAGUAAUGCGAAGUGCGCAUGUUUGUGUGUGUGUGUGUGUGUGUGUGUGUGUGUGUGUGUGUGUGUGUGUGUGUGUGUGUGUGUGUGUGUGUGUGUGUGUGUGUGUGUGUGUGGUGUAUUGAAUGCCUGCGCAUGGGCGUACAUGUGUAGUCGCUUUGUGUCGAUGUUGUGUGCACUAACUUUAGACUUGCUUGCACCGAUGUGCACAAUACAGUGCAGAGA